AUGCUUCUGGAUGACGGCAGCAGCGAGAAAGCCGAGAUUGACGGAAGGGACAACGAAGGUAGCACUCCGCUGACAUUCUCGGUGCCCCUGGGCUACAUAGAGGCAGUGCGCGUCUUCCUCCAGAGGGGCGCCGACGUCAACGGUCUAGACGCGUACCAAAACGCUCCUCUUCACUGGGCCAUUGCGCACGUGCCAAUGACACGGCUGCUCCUGGAGAAGGGGGCUCGCGAGGAGGUUGCCAAAGUGCUCAUCGAGGCCGGCGCCGACGUCAAUGCGGCAGACGAGAAUAGCCUCACGCCCCUCCAUGUCGCGUCGCUGCAGGGGCUGGAAGGAAUUGUGCGACUGUUGCUGGCGAAAGCUGCCCGAGUGGACGUCGAGGACGUGGACGGGUGGACGCCACUUCACGCUGCGGUCCUCCGGAAGCAUGACACGAUGGCGAGCUUGUUCGUGGACAGGACGGAGGACGGGCCCAAGAUUGUUGCGCAGAUGACAGAGCUGCUACAAGGCGACGCGGUACAGGCUAUGUGGGACGAGAAAGCCCAGGAGAAGUCGGCUGGGAGCACCGUGGUCAGCUGUCUACGGUACGCUGCCAAUACCGGAAACGUCGAAAUGGUGCUCGCGCUCUUGGAGAGUGGAACGGAUGUCGACGCCGAGGACGAUGUCGGAGGCUCAACUGCUCUGACCCUGGCCGCAAGCUUGUGUCAUACGGACAUCGUGCAGCUGCUUUUACAAAACGGUACGAUUGUCAACAAGUCCAACCGCAACGGAUGGACGGCGCUGCAUUACGCAGCCUGCAGCGAGGGAGGUUUGGAAUUGGUGAAGCUGCUGCUCGAGAACGGUGCCGACAUCGAAGCAAAGGUCGAUCCGCAGAACGAUCCCCGCUCCAUUAACGACGCUCGGCCCGGUCACGAAUCAGAUUCUGGCGAGGCCGAUACAGACGACUACCAGACUGGGGUAUAUGGCCGGCGCAACGUUUUCCGCGGCCCCGAUGGCUUCCCUCCACCACCUUUCGGUGAACAUCCGCUGAGAACGAGUCCUGGUGACGCUGUCGCAGGACGUGGUGGCAACGCACAGGAGCCGGGCUCUUCGGCUGGAGGUGAUGCCGAGGCUCAGCGAGGGUCUUGGAAUGCCCGUCUCAGCCCUCUAUCAGAGAACGCAAGAUUUAAGGAAGGGUUUGAGAGACUAUUGGCUAGCUUAUCGAACCUGACACCCAACUUCGACACGCUCUCGGCCCUGGAACAGCUUACGAGGAACAUCGGAGAAUUGAGCCUGCAAUCCAUUGCAGAAGCGAUAGAGUCGCUUCCGAGAAAGUCGCUCGACGAGGAGACCCUGGGUUCACAGCAUGAGCUUACGUGCGCAAUCUGUCAAUAUGACGUGAAGAUCGGCGAGAUGCACAAGGUUUUCCUGUCAUGCAAACACGGGUUCCACGAGGAGUGUGUCGUUCCGUGGCUUAAGGAAUCUAACACGUGUCCAGACUGCCGGGCCGUUAUUGGUGACGAGGCUGCCGUUGUUCAAGACCAGGUCUCCCGUCGUGAUUGA